AUGGCGACUGCCCAACACCUCGCGUGCACCGUUAACAAACUGCCGCCAGACAAUGACAGAGACACAAGCUUCCUGCUGUCCCUGCUGGAGUCCGAGAGGCUGGCUAAGGGCCCUGAACCUGACCAGGAGCUGCAGGAGCUAGAGGCCAUCAAGCUUAAGCUGUGGACCAUGGAGCAGGCCCAGGGGGCACCAGAGCUGCCCAGCACACAGACCGUGGCCAAAGAGGAAGAAGCCGCCAGGGCUAGGCAGCUGCUGAGUCCUGAGACUGUGGGUGGCCCCUUCCCCAUGGCCCCCAGGGAGACGGUGGAGGCCGACCACAGAUCCAUCUACAUGGGCAACAUGGACUACAGCAGCACAGCCAAGGAGCUGGAGGCCCACUUCCACCCCUGUGGGGAGGUGCACCGUGUCACUAUCCUAUGUGAGAAGUUCUCUGGCCACCCCAAGGGCUAUGCCUAUGUGGAGUUCACCUCCCGGCACUCAGCCCUGGCUGCUGUACAGCUGGAUGAGAGCAUCUUCCGGGGCCGGUUCAUCAAGGUGCUCCCCAAGAGGACCAACUUCUCAGGCAUCAGCUCCACGGACCACGGGGGCCUCCGGGGGCACCUGGGCACCAGGGCAGCACCCAUCCUAUGCAGCAGCCUCCAGGGCAGGCCCCGGUUCCUACCACGUGGGCAGGGCAGGGGACGUAGAAGAUUCUCCAUGUGGUUCUCACCAUACUGA